UUCCAAUUGCUUUUAUCCCUGUUAUCUUUUCUCCACCUUGUAACCUUGUAAUACGAAAACAAUAACAAGUCCUGCGAAUUAACUCGACUGUGUUUUUGCUUUCUCGGCGGAUUCUUGUUACUUUUAUCUAGUUUGAAUGAAUCGCGUUCAAUUGUUCGAUUCGCCAAGCAUGGCUUCAGGAACAACAACUUCCCUUACAACAAUCUGCAGCACAGACACUGUAGAUAAUCCAGCAGCAACCCCACCCUGCAUCACAACCACAGCCCUGAAUAAAUCUGAUAACCCGGAUUGUGCAAUAUGUUUGGACAGCAUACGUCCAAGCCAUCAUGCCAAAGCAACUCUUGCCUGCCGACACGAAUUUCAUCUCUCAUGCAUCUCAGUGGCGUUCAUGGGAAUUAAAGAGAUGAUCUGUCCGUUGUGCCGCUUUCUUCAUAAGGACCAGCCGUUCAUGGGCUCAGACACAGAGGAAUCCAAACCACAAUCACCCUCCUCACAACUGAUCACAACAACAGAAACCCAGCCAGGAAUAACCACAACUUUAACACCAAUAUCAACAUCAACAUCAACGACAGGCUUUAUUAGUGCAGCCGUCAACGACGGCAGCAACAGCCCAAUAAGCCGAAAUCGGAAUCGUAACAACAGCAUUCAUUUACAACACAAUUUAUCAAACUUGGUACUACAACAGCGGCGGCGGUCCAUGUAUGAUCUGAGGCGAACGUCCGUCUCAUACGCCUCCUCAUUGUCACCAGCUUCUCCCUCAUUUUCGCCCCCCUUGGCCUCCUAUCUUACAACUUUACCUUCAUCUCCACCUACCCUGGCCUCUUCUACAUCAACAGGUGUUCAUUUACGACCACCACAACAGCUACAAGGUCAAGGUCAAGGUCAAGGUCAAGGUCAAGGUCAAGGUCAAGGUCAAGGUCAAGGUCAAGGUCAAGGUCAAGGUCAAGGUCAAGGUCAAGGGCAAGGACAACGAGCGCUUCUUCAAUCACAACAUUUUUCCCCCACCUACAUCUCCACUUCUGCUUGGCUUCUUCUUUAUGGAGCACCUUUCUCAGUCACGAUCCUGCUCUUGGCGCUAAUUCUUGGCCGCAUUGAGACAUUGUGGUCCAAGCUUUUGUGCUUGUUUGGAUCUGGGAUUGGUUACAUGAUCUGUUGGGUCCUAAUAGUCACAUUCUUUGUGCCACCAUCUCAUUAUCAGUUGCAAGGGCGAUUACAACUCGAUCGUUUGUCCUUUUCAGACAAUGUUUCUUCUUCUUCUUCUGAUCAUGGCAGUAGGAACAAUAACAACUACUACUACAGCCAUCGUCACAAUAGCGGUGCUGAUAACCCAAACGGCUAUGGAAUGAUUGGCGUGGCAAUGGAAUAUGAAUUUGAUGUGCAGGAUUCCUUUACUCCUACUGUAUUUCCAACCAUAUCCUUUGCCAAUGGCAAUGGUCACAACAACAGUGGUAAUGGCUAUACUUUUCCUGCAACUGCAACUACUACUACUCCAACUACUACUACAACUGCUGCUGCCACUACUACUUUCACUGCCACUGCCACUGCCAAUGCAGCGAAUCUUGUCCUGUUGGGCAAUCCACACCCUGCAGCCCUACAACAUCAGAAUCACCAACUCCAAAGGGAUCUCCAGCGUGCCGGCAAUAAUAGUUACAAUUCACCUAUUUCUUCCAACUCCAGUGUGGAAAGCGAAGACAAUACCAAUAUCAAUGCCAGUGCCAGUGCCACCGCCAAUAUAAUGUCCAACGGCAGCAAUCCCAAUACACCUUCCUGUAUAAACCCUGUAUGUUCUAUGACACAAUGGAUCAUGUCAAAGAGUUAUGCCCGUGGCUUUGUUCGGCGACUGACGGACCUAGCCGAGAUUAUGGAUCAAUAUUCACAAUCCUUUAGGCGUUGAUGAAGAAGAUGAGAAAGAAUUUCAAACAACAAUCGUAGUAGUAAUAAUAAUAAUAAUAACAAUACCAAUGAUAAUGAUGAUAAUGACAAUAAUAAAUUUGUAUUUGUAUACAUUUAUGAAUACACUUUUGAACACUUAAUUUGACAAGCAUAAAGAUAAGCUUUUUUUUUUUUUUUUUUUGUUUUUAAAA